UGGCGACCUGGCUCCAGUACUUGGGGGCCCCCCUCUGCUACUGCACUAAGUGAAGGUUGAUAUGCCACAUCUGGUGGCUAAAUUACGUUUUGCUGCUGCCCCCAUCCACAGCAGUACAUUGCUUUCCCCCGUGCUGGUACUCCUGCCUGCUUAUCCAAAGUGGGGGCGCGCCGACCGCCAUCUACUGAAGUGAUGGAGCCCAUGACGGUGACGACGUCGGUGGUCGGACCGGAUGAGUUCGACCGUAACGCCCCGCGGAUCUGCGGCGUGUGCGGUGACAAGGCCACCGGCUUCCACUUCAACGCCAUGACGUGCGAAGGCUGCAAGGGUUUCUUCAGGCGCAGUAUGAAGCGCAAGGCCGCCUUCACCUGUCCAUUCAACGGGAGCUGCACCAUCACCAAGGACAACCGGCGUCACUGCCAGGCCUGUCGUCUCAAGCGCUGCAUUGACAUCGGCAUGAUGAAAGAGUUCAUCCUGACGGACGAGGAGGUUCAGAGGAAGAAGGACAUGAUAAUGAAGAGGAAAGAGGAGGAGGCGGCCAGGGAGGCGAUGAGGCCACGUCUGAACGAGGAGCAGUCCCGGAUCAUCUCCAGUCUGGUGGAGGCUCACCACAAGACAUACGAUGCCUCCUAUUCUGACUUCUCCCGCUUCAGGCCUCCGGUACGUGAAGGCCCAGUUACACGCAGUGCCAGCAGAGCCGCCUCCCUUCACUCUUUGUCCGAUGCCUCCUCUGACUCAUUCAACCACUCACCUGAGUCUGUGGACACUAAGAUGAACUUCAGCAGCCUGUUAAUGAUGUACCAGGACGGCGCUAGCAGUCCAGACUCCAGUGAGGAGGACACAAAGCUUUCUAUGCUGCCCCACCUGGCUGACCUGGUCUCCUACAGCAUCCAGAAGGUCAUCGGCUUCGCCAAGAUGAUCCCAGGCUUCAGAGACCUGACAGCAGAGGACCAGAUCGCGCUGUUGAAAUCGAGUGCCAUUGAGAUCAUCAUGCUGCGUUCUAACCAGUCAUUCAGUCUGGAGGACAUGUCCUGGAGCUGCGGGGGGCCGGACUUCAAAUACUGCAUCAAUGACGUCACAAAGGCGGGUCACACUCUGGAUCUUCUGGAGCCGCUGGUGAAGUUCCAGGUCGGCCUGAAGAAACUCAACCUGCACGAGGAGGAACACGUGCUGCUCAUGGCCAUCUGCCUGCUCUCCCCAGACCGCCCCGGCGUCCAAGACCACGGCCGCAUCGAGCAGCUCCAGGACCACCUGUCUGAGACGCUGCAGGCCUACAUCCAGGUCAACCACCCCGGCGGGCGCCUCCUCUACGCCAAGAUGAUCCAGAAGCUGGCCGACCUGCGCAGCCUGAACGAGGAGCACUCCAAGCAGUACCGCUCGCUCUCCUUCCAGCCCGAGCACAGCAUGCAGCUCACCCCGCUGGUGCUGGAGGUGUUCGGCAGCGAGGUGUCAUAGCAGAGGAGGAGGCGACGCGAUCGCAUGCACACACACACUCAUAGCCCACCCUUACCGCCUUCCCCCCUCCCAAGAAGAACCCAGCCCUGAUACACCUGGACACGAGGGAGAACGAUGGAUUAACGGAUAGGUAGACCUUCACCUCCUCCUCAUCAUCUCCCCAUCCUCCUCCUCCUCCUCCUCCUCCUCCAAGCAGCAAGGCUCAGACGCCCGGCCCUCUGGAUUUACGGAUUCAACACACCUCAAUCUGCUCUCGGAUAACCAGAUUGUAUUUUAAAGCUCUGGAUUCGCAAACACAGCGCCGCAUUAAAUCGGGCAGAUAUCCUUGACUCAUCGACAUCCGCAACAGGCUGACAACCCGGAUCCUCUCCAAAUCCCCAAACUCUCCUCUUUCCGUCAGCACCUUUUUUUCCUUUUCCCCCCGGACAAUCCCCGCUAGAUUCCUGCCAUUUAUUUUUUCACAGUGUAGACAGCUUGAUGGAUGUGACGGAGGCGCCUCCCUCCUACCAUCAUCCUCAUGACAUUGUUCACAUCAUCUUGGAUGACUGACGGGAACAGAUACACAGAUCUACAAUCUAUUUACCGCGCUCGCUUUUGUGAGGUAGAGAGCGAUGUUACUGCAAUCGUGUUAGGUAGCUAUAAACUAUUGUUGACGGCAGAGCAAUCAAAAUAUAUUAAACAUCAACGUGGCCAGCAAGCUUACUAUAAUGGAAUUUCAGAAUAGUUGGGCUGCUUGGCCCUGUGUAUCUGUGCAUGUUUGAAGAGAGCUCUCAGACAGUCAGCUGAAGCAAAGAGAGGACGUUUAGGGAGGAAUGUUUCAGUGAGUGGUGAGAGGUGAGAUCUGGAGGAAUGAGUUAAAGGAGGUCGGAGAGACGGAGGGAUGUUCUCCAGUUGGAAUUCCCUGU